CCAAUCCCAACAGUAAAAACGAUGAUUUAGCAUAAUCACUGAUCAGCCUCACACGUGCAGUGGAUCGUGUGCUAGAGUAAGCUUGUCAACAGUGCUGGGAGUGUCGACCCAGCUGGCUGGACUUUGGUCGUUGUAUCUAGAACUAUAAAAAGGUACUCACGGCCCGAUAUUCUUACUCUAUACGCCUUUCCUUGUUCCAUCACUCGUCAGCUCCUGCAACCAUCAUUGCCACUCACCAUGCCGGACGAAUUCCCACCCCUCGCCCCCCUCCCCAGCCUAACCCUCCACCCAUCCACUGACCCCGAUGCCAUCGACGCCCCCCAAAUCGUCAACACCUGGCUCACAGCCCUAACAACAUCCCUCGCUAACAACCAACCACUCGCCACUACCCUCCUCUUCCUCCCCGAGCACUCCUGGUGGCGCGACCUCGCGACCUUUUCCUGGAACAUCGCAUGCCACAAUAGCGCUGAGGCGAUAAGCAAGUAUCUCUGGCAGUCAGAUGCCGGUUUUACGGACGCUGUCGCGGACCUGCCCGGUGCGCUGGCGCCGCAUUUGGAGGAUCUGGGCGGGAUGAGGUUUAUCCAGGCGGGGUUUCGGUUUCGCACGAGGGUUGGGAGCGGGAGGGGCGUUGUUAGGCUGGCGAAUGUGGGCAAGGGGUUGUGGAGGGGUUGGACGGUUUAUACGGUGUUGGAGAGGCUGGAUGGGCAGGAUGAGGCUGAGGCGAGGAGGGGGGAGGAUGUAGGGAUUCAGCCUGCUCCUCCCGGCGGAGAGGCGUCGUCGAGCAUCCAGAAGAACGAGGAUGUGCAGGUUCUGGUGAUUGGAGCAGGCCACUCCGGCCUCGCCCUCGCCGCACACCUCCAAAACCUCGGCCUUGACUACCUGGUGGUCGACAAAGGCUCCCGCGUCGGCGACAGCUGGCGAGCCCGCUACAAAUCAAUCCGACUGCACACGCCCGCCUACACAGACCACUACGCGUUCCUCAAGUUCCCAACCAACUGGCCGCGCUACCCGGACCAGAAGCACAUCGCCGACUGGAUGGAGCACUAUGCCGCCAUCAUGGAGCUGAACAUUCAGCUUGAUACGGAAGCGAGCAAGAUUGGCUACGAUGAAGCGACGGGGAAGUAUGUCUUUGAGUUGAAGGGCAAGGAUGGUAGCGCGCGGAGUAUUACUGCCAAACAUGCCGUGCUGGCCUCGGGGCUGUUCAGUGAGGGUAUCCCCGUCCGCCCGACCUUUGCCGACGAGGACUCGUUCGGCGGCCAGAUUUACCACUCGACGGUGCACAAGUCAGCUCGGCUGAUUCCUAAUGUGCAGAGCAAGAAAGUAACGAUUAUCGGCGCCGGAACAAGCGCGCACGACAUUGCGCAGGACUUUGUCAACCACGGGGCCAAGAGCGUAACGCUCGUACAGCGCGGCGAAAUCUACGUUGCAUCGCUGGCCGCGCUUGAGGAAGUUUCUUUGAAAGUGUGGGAUACGCCCGGGGUAAGCACCGAGGAUGCAGAUCUGCUGGGCAACUCGUUUCCGUGGCCCGUUGUCCGAACACUUAGUGUAGGUGCGUCGCAGAUGAUGGGGGCCAUUGAUAAGGAGCUACUUGAUGCACUCGAGAAGGCUGGAGUCGCCCUGAAGAGGGGGGUGCGGGGGGAUAGUAUUGUCGACCACAUGUUCGUCAAGGGCGGCCAUUUCUACCUCGACCAGGGCGCGUGCCAGAUGAUUAUCGAUGGGCGGAUCCAGGUCCGCAGAUGCGAAGGGGGCGUCCAGGGGUACUACCCCGCGGGAAUCAUCCUGGCCGACGGCACACAGGUCGAGUCUGAUCUUGUUAUCCUGGCGACGGGGAUUGAGCGUGGUGGCAAGCUCGUCGAGCAGAUUAUGGGUAAGGAGGUUGUGGACAAGGUCGGGGAGCUGUUUGGUUUGGAUGAGGCCCAGGAGCGAAUUGGGACGUGGCGUCCGACUGGUGUCCCGGGCUUCUGGUUCACGGCGGGCAGUUUUGCAUUCUCCAGGCAGUAUGCGCCCACCCUCGCGCUGCAGAUUGCGGGCGCUGAGUGGGGGCUGAGCAGUCAUAGGAAGUGAGGCACAGCUGUUAGAGAGUGUGACAUAGAUUGAGAAUGCAUGUUGGAUAGAUUGUUCCUCCUACCUGAUAGCCCUGCAGGGAGCAAGAUCUUUCAUCCGGGCAUAUGUCAGGCCCGCCAGCUGCAUCAGCAGAAGGAGUAACAAGUGCACUAUUGAAUUGGGUCCAUUCCAUGACUAGAGACGGCUACCACUCACAAAGGUAACCUGGCCCUGCUCGCACCCGUCCUGGUAAUACCACUGUUCGGUACCCAGGUAGUGGAAGUUGAUACCGCGGACAUUGCCGUCGC